AUGACUUCUUCCUCCACUCCCUUUACAUCGCUUUUUGUGACUCCCUCGGAGUUUCAUCGCGUCUUGUCUCGAACGUCUGACUGCGACCCCAAUGGCCCGCGGGUGAUUCCACUCGUGGCGGGCCGGAAGUCCAACGUUCAGUCCUUUGAGGCGCAACAUGUGCCUGGUUCCAUAUUCUUCAACAUGGACACCAUGAGAGACACUUCAUCUCCAUAUCCCAUGAUGCUACCCACCACAUCUCAAUUCGCGUCAUACAUGUCCAAACUCCGCAUCAAGCCAGACGAUGUAUUGGUCGUCUACGAUCCGCUGGAACCGGGCUUUUACUCGUCGCCUCGGGUAGCCUGGAUAUGUCGGUAUUUCGGCCACCGUGCGGUUCACAUUUUGAAUACCUUUCCCCGGUAUGUCGAGGAGGGGUAUCCUGUUGCCGAGGGCCCGGUGAAUGGCGGAUUCUCUGGGACUGAGGCUCUGGAUGGUGACGGCGAUGGAUGCGACAAGAGUAAGAAUGAGAGGGACAGCGUGGGCUCUUAUCCGGAGUCCCUGUUGCCAGACCCGGAGAGGGUCGUUGCAUUUGAAGAACUAAGAGGCAUGAUCAAGGAUGGGUUGACCCAAGAGAAGGACAAGGAGUUGAAAGAGCUGCAGAUCAUCGAUUCCAGACCCAGCAAUCGCUUCUCUGGCCCUGUUGAUCCAGACCUGUCCGUCCUCCCGAGAGGCCACAUACCGUCUGCGAUCAAUGUGCCCUUUUCGUCACUGGUGGGGCCUGAGAACACGGUGCGAUCGCCAGAUGAGCUCAAACAAUUAUUCAUCACGGCGGGUGUGAAGCAGAAUGUCCCCACCGUGCUAUACUGUAAUACUGGGGUGACGGCGGCGGGAUUGGAUAUGGCACUGAAGGCGAGUGGGUUGGCCGUACAGACACGGCUGUAUGAUGGGAGUUGGAGUGAGUGGAGCAAGAGAGCAGAUCAACCUGGAGAGAAGGUGUGUGAGUAG